CUGAUCUGAUCCAGAGAAAGUUUGAAAUUUUACCUAGGGAACGUAAAGGUUUGCUACGAAAGUUUAUUUGCCGUAUUCGUGAUUGCCUAGAGAACAGUGAACUAUAAAUUGAUCGAGGAUUAAUGAGCGGGUGUGCCGAAAAAAUUAAUUCAUAGUGUUGGGUUUCGCAUGUCUAGGCAUUUUUCUUCCAUUAUGUCGCUUGGCGGAUGAAAGUGGAGCAAUCAAGCGCUGUUGGUGUUUUUGUAGUGGUGAAUUUGAGCAUUACCAGUGAUACGCAAGCGAUCAGCAUUUGCAGUGUGCGUGCCGCUAUCUGCUGCGGUUGACAGGAAUGACAGUAGCAACGGUGAAGGUGACGCGCUUGGACAAAUUCGUUUAUCGAUAGAAAAAAGAUUUCAAAGGAUUUGAAAAGUUUAAACACUAUUUAGUAGAAAUUUUGGUAAAAUUAAUGUUACGCUUAUAAAGUUAUGAUAUAACCUACAAUUAUUUGGGCCGUAUAGUCCGUAUUGAUCGUUUUCUAAGCAAGUGUUAUGGCGAUAGUGAAGAUUGCAAAGUGAAUGAAUGAAUAGCAUGGUACAGCUAUAGUAAGAAACAUCGAUUUUACUGAAAUCAGCGGUGGGCGAAAUGGCUUACUAUCAAAUUGUACCAACUGAUGAUUUGAAAAAUCUGUACACACAGCUGAAUAUUGAAAAUGGUGGAAUUCAAUUAGUAAUGGGGGAUGAUGUGCAAUUCGGGUCACAACAAGUUAUAUUGGCUCCAGAGCAAUCGGACUUAAUUUUGAACGAUAAUAACCAGCAUCAGUUGCCACAAAUUGUGUAUCAAACUCAACAGACACAACCACCGCAGGCUCAGCCGCAUCGUGCUCAAACGCAACAGCACGAAACACACUAUUUAAUACAACAAGAAGAUGGAGCAUUGACAGAGGCCUUUGGACAGCCAAAUCAGGCACAACACAUCUAUUAUUCCGAAGCACCUGGUGAUAGUUCUCAAAUGAUUCCAGCAAAUUUAGUUCACGAGCAAUCACAAUCAUCCACUUUGCAUACAAUGCAAACUGCUGCUGAACAAAUUCAACAGCAACAACAACAGCAACAGCAACAAGUACUGCAGGUGGUUCAUGGUGUCCCACGUCCAGGACAGCAAAUAAUUUUACGGCAGCAACCUCAGGAACCGUCAAAGCCGCCGUCGCAACAAACACAGAUAGCUAUUCAACAACCACAACAACAUAUUCUCGCGCAUCAACAACCGACACAAGUUAUUCUUCAACAUCAACCAUCGCAUCAGAUUGUUCAUCGACAGCCACAACAACAAUCGCAACAUCAAAUAAUAUAUGAACAUGUACAAUCGCAGGGACAUGCAGUGCAGCAAAAUAUUCAACUUGCCCCUCAGUUGGUUCAUCAAUCCGUAGCUGCUCAGCCCGUUCCACAAUUGCAGCAACAAACGCAACGCGUUAGUAUUCAAAAGCUAACUCCACAGCAGCAACAACAAUAUUUGCAACAACAGCUGCAUCAUCAACAGCAACAACAACAAGUUCCACAACAGCAAGUAAUCCAGCAACCAGCUCAAAUAUUGCAGCAACAGUCCGGCAUUCGUCCCUGCUUAAUUAUUACUAAACCUCAGAAUCCACAGGUGCAACCAAAUUCCGUAGCAGCUGCUCCCUCUACCCCUCAACAGCAGCAACAGUCGCAGGUUUCGCAACCUCAAGCUACACAAAGCAGUCCACGUGCUCGUAAUUAUCGCCCUCGACCACCCAAAAAUUCUAAUCCCCGUCCUCGCGCCAAUGUUCCAGUUACACCUAUAGCUUCGAAUCCAACACCAGUUCGUCCAGCUCGUCCAACUGUACAUGCAGCAAAGCUACCCCCACAACCGGUAAUACGUCAGCCUGGUGUUGUCCAACAACAAACGCAAGUUCAACUUCAGCAGCAGCAACAACAGCAGCGAGCGAACAUUAUUUUAACUAGUGCUGGACAGAAAAUUGUUACUCUAACGAACAGACAUCAACAACUGGUGCCAACAUUUACUGCAGCUAAAGGAUCGCAAAUCAAAAGAGUAAUUGCAACCUCAACUUCGCAAUCUUCUCAAGACUCGCUGGCUACUCAAUCGCAACAAGUGGCCCCGGAGAGUGCAACUCAGUCGUCUCAACAAGCACAAAAGCCCGCAAACUACGCAAAUGAUCUGGAAGACCUGGAAGAUAGCAUUCAAGCGGCUGUGGUUGCCAAAGCUCCACCAAAUUCAACUUCAGCAGGAUCACAGCAACAAGCAGCUGUAGAGCAAGCUACUGUUUAUCCACAAUCAUCUGUAGUUUCUAUGCAGCAGAUGUCGCCACAGUCAUCGACACAGGUAGUGCAGCAGCCGUCACAGCUAGUCCAGCAAUCGCAAGCGCAAUCGCAACAAACACUGUCGCCUCCCUUUGAUGAUCCGACUAGUAUAAUUCAACUAGGAAAUGGACAAACUAUGACCGCUGUACAAUUUCGACAGUUUCAAGAGAAGCAACAGAUACGACAGCAGGAAAAUCUUCGUGGAGGGUUCACACAACGUGGUCGAAAUGUGAUGACUGCUCGUGGUAUGGUUAUUCGCAAAUCUAUUCCUUUAAACCGGCAGCAACUUGCUCUUCAACAGCAACAGCAGCAGCAACAACAAAAUGCCCAAAUGCAGUUGUCACAGCAGCAGCCACAACAUCACAUUAUGCAGCAACAGCAAAUGGUUCAGCAACAACAACCCCCGCCACCGCCUCCACCGCCCGAACCGGAACCACGAGAAAGUGCCAAAAUGUUAGUCAUUUUGCAGAGUGGCGAGCAACGGUUGAUUACUUUUACCUUACCGAAAGAGAGCUGUACAGUGCAAGAAUUACUAGAGCAGGUUGGUGUUCAAUUUUCACCGGAUAGUAACAUCCAGUGCAUCUCAAAUCCAGGCGGAGAUAUCGAUUACAUUGUAACAGUUGGCGUCACUAUGCAAGAAACCAAUGAGUAUCUCAAGGCAGCCGAGAAUACGAUCAAAAGCCAACAACAACAGCAGCAACAACAUCAGCAAUUGCAGCAGCAACAACAAACUCAAAUUGUUCAACAGCAACAACUGGUUCAACAGCAGCAGUUAGCUCAACAACAGCAGCAGCAACAACAACAGCAGCAUCAGCAGCAAAUUCAUCAACAACAGCAACAGUUGCACCAUCAAGCAGCGAUCGGCGUUCCCAGCCAACAACAAUUGCAGCAGACGCCUUCUCACCAUCAGCAGUCACGCUUCAAUGAUUCAUUCCGAGCAACAAUGACCCCAUCUACUCCUGCGACGCAUCCUCAAACGUCGCAACAUUCCUUGCUAGUGGAAACACCGAAAAUAACCAUAGAACAAAGUGAUUCCAAGAAGGAGCCGCCAGUGAAGAUUGUAAAAGGCUUUCUUGCCGUGUGCCAAACUUGCGGCUACACAGGAAUAGAUCAUGCCAAAUGUCAACGAUGCAAACGUAUCUUUACUGAUCCACCGCGAAGAGUGCCGGAAUCGGAUAAACCAAUGACAUCGCCGCAUCCUCCACCGCUGGUUCCGACGGCUUCAUCAACACCGAUCCACACGAAAGUAAUACUGACAAAUGAUAAAACUAGUUCAGUUGGUGCUCCAGAACGCGAAACGCUUGUUGGUAUUAAAGGGAUUACAUUACAAAAGAAAUCCUCGCAAAACUCACUUGGAAACAUGUUAUCGGUUCGAGGUAUGGCACGAGGCAGUGGUUCGGCUGUACGUGGGGGACGAGGAGGUCGUGGCAGAGGUGCGUCUUCCAAGUAUCAAGAUGUGGAACCGGUUGUUUUCACACUAAGCAGUGAUGAUGAAGACCACGACUCAGGUGAUGCAACUAAGAACGGAAAUAAUCCAGCUCCUGUAUGUGGUCCGCAAAGGGCCUCAACACCAACGAUCAUUGAAAAGCGCGAACCGCUCAAAUGUGAGCCGCUAAUAGACGAAAAUGAUAGAAUUGAAGGUUUAAACCGGUUAGACGUGACUGAUGUUAAAAAUAUGCCGGACGGUCUCGUCACGCAUCUCGACUGUCGUACUAUACGGAUUGGCACAUUGAAGUACGACACUACCGAAAAAGUUACUAUUUCUUCUCGUGGAAUACGCAUCAUAGCACCGAAUGUGAAGCGGCCAAACGAAAAUUGCAUACUUGAUUUGCAACUUUCAGAAAUUGUAAAGGCGGUAGUACAUUUCUCUAAAGUGCUGAAUGUGAUGUUUCUGUAUACUCUUCCGUCGUGUAGUGAAUACAUUCGACAAAGCUUAGAGAUGGGAUCGAAGCCGGAAGACAAACUUCCUUAUUUCAACCCACUCAGCCGGUAUGAUGAUACUCAUCGUCGGAUAACGUUGGUGAUGGACCGUGUUACUGAGGAAUCGAAGUCGAUCGUCAAAAGUAUCAUGCUUACUGAAAAAUUGGAGGAAAUCUCAGCACGGGAUGCGAAUGAGUUAUUAAUGCGAUCUUGUGGAAAACAUAAAGGGUCGGAAAAUAAUUCAAACAAUAUUACCGGGGCCAGCUCUGGCGAUAUGACAGAGAUUAGAAAAAUUCUUAUUUACCCUCAGGGUAAGGGUGGAAUUUCAAUCAACACAGAAGAUUACAUGUGCUUGGCUAUCGACCAGUAUUUGAAUGACGUUAUCAUUGAUUUUUAUCUCAAUUAUUUGAAACUGGAGCUUUUGAAGGAUGAUGAAAGACGCAGUGUUCAUAUUUUCAGUACCUUUUUCUAUAAACGGUUGACGACUAUAGGAACACGGCACCGAGGACAGGAAAAAGACGCCAAAUUAACAGCUUCACAGAAGCGACACGCUCGCGUUGCUAGCUGGACCAAAAAAGAAAACAUUUUUGAAAAGGACUUUGUCGUAAUUCCCAUAAAUGAACAGUCUCAUUGGUUCCUAGCCAUAAUUUGUUUCCCUGGACUAGAAAUGCCCGUAUCGUUGAACAGCAAUGUUCCCACACCAAUUCGACGAAAAAAGGCUACUCCAAAGAGCAACAAAAAUAUAACACUCCAGAUAGGAAAUACUACGAUAACUCCCGUUUCGAAAAGAGAGAUGGAAUCCAUCAAUCUAGGAGACGAUGAUAUGAGUGAGCGUGACGAAGCAGAGGGAGAUGACAGUGAGUUGGCUAGUGAUAUGGAAGAAACGGAUGAUGAACCUACCGAUGGAAAGCAAGCCGUUAAACAGCCAAUUAUUCUCAUAUUUGACUCUUUGACGGGUGCAUCAAGAAGCCGAGUAGUGGCAACAUUACGUGAUUAUCUGACGUGCGAGUAUAAGAACAAGAUGCCAAACAAGCCACCAAAAGUGUUCAACAAAAACAAUAUGCCUGGACAUUGUGUAAAAGUUCCGCAGCAAAACAACUUCACCGAUUGCGGUCUUUACCUUUUGCAAUAUGUUGAGCACUUCUUUUUGGAUCCUAUUAAAGACUAUCGUAUACCAAUCAAAUUGCAAGAUUGGUUUGACACUAUCACGGUGACAAAAAAGCGGGAAGAUAUUUCUAACCUACUGAAGGAUCUUAUUAAGAAGCAUAAUCCGAGUGUUUUACCGUUACCAGACAUAACGUUUCCCACGUUGAAUGGCAAGCUGAUAAUUGAUCCCGAAGAUAAUUUCAAUGAUGCCGAGUUUGAAGAGGAGGAAUUGGAUGAUUCAUAUAUUCCUGGAACAGAGUCAUCGAGCAAUGAGCGGCUAACUUCGACCGAAGAAGAACCAGCAAAAGUAGUUGCCACGGUGGUACCGAAAAAAGCGAUCAAACUGAAACGUUUUAAUUCUUCAUCUCUUCCGUCGGCCGUAUCGUCUUCGACGGGGACAACGAUAGUAGGAACACUGGAUACAGUUUCAACUUCUAAUAGCGGCGGGCAGUCAAUUCUAGCCGUAUCCCAAAAACGAGCUCUGGAUAAUAGUGGGAGCAAAUCGAGCACAGACUGUAGUAGCAUAAGGCCCAAGGCACCGAAGAUCAGUGAUAGCUCUAAUAAAAUAGUUACUACGCAAAAUUAGAGAAUGAUUGAACUCGUAACUGAGAGAGCGUAUGAAUGCGGAACGACAGAGUAUAGUAGAACAUUGAAGGCUUUCGUUAAUGUGUCAUCGUUGAAGCAGGUCUCUUAAUAUCAACGAUAUCUCGGUAUCAAUGACGUAAGAAAUUGUAUAAAUUUAACUGUGCAAGCUGGCUUCGGAUCGUUCCUAAACGCAUGACUUUCCUAAAAUUAGACAUAUGGCUAAGAAAAUGAAUAGUUAUAAUUUUGGGGAAUACAACGGGCAUGGAAAAACACAUUUUUCGUGUUUUCCUAUGUAUGAGCUGUAAAGUGAUAACUUACAUGUUUUAUUUAGCUAGAUGUGUACUGUAAUUUACUACCCAGAAAUACAUAAAAAAACUUGAAUGCAAGUUAUUCUUUUCUCACUACUGUUUCACUUAAGUUCAUUGACCUGUUUCAAUUUUUCCCAUGUAUAGUUCAUUUUUGCUGUUUGUUUACCUGUCAAGAAGUGCAAGAGUAUUCUUAGCUUGGCAGCCAAAACAAAAACAUUUACAUAACCUCGCGGUUAAAAGAGCGGUGUUGACCUUGAUAAACUAAUUUCAACAGUUUCUAGCAGAUGUCAGGACGAAUGCCAGCUUUUUAGGUUAGGUGCAUCAUGUAUCACUAUAAAUAAGACUAACCUAACUCUCACAUCGGUAUAUACAUGGCAUGUAUAUCAAUUGCAGUUUUUCUUUUGUUAACUCCAUUUUUGUAAAUACAUGGAUUAAAAGAGUAAUAAAUAAAAAUUCUGCUUGUAGAACAUAGAAUUUAUUCUGUAUAAUUAUAAAUAUUCUAA